CAUGUGUUCCUAAUAUCAUCAGUGCCAUGUGAGCCCCAUGGCCGAUGCUGCGGCACCCCAAACCACUCGCGACGGAACCGACGACCCGCCCCGUGUGAGAGAGAAGACGGGCCGUGAAGCGUGUCGGCCGCAUCCGCUCUUGGACUACGAGGUCUCAGACAAUGCUGAGAAUGAAGCAGCUACGGCGAUGUGCCCAUGCACGGUACGCUGCCGCGAUGGGCCUGCCUUCAAAGGAGUUGAAUGCAAAGAGCCUCCCGUCUUCGCUCAACAACAAGUUGUGGCAGACGCGGUCAUUUGCAGCAAGCAUGGCUGAGGUUCUUUACGAAGAGGCCAGCCCCCCAAGCAGGCUUUUCACCCCAGAUCUACCGCAAAGGCCGCAGCUUCAGCGACGAAGGUCUGGACUUUGCUCCUGGAAGGAGUCCUCCCUUAUCGCCCUCGCGCGGCGAUCCGCCGGCAGGUGAGGAGUAUGCCGCCUUGCACGAUGCCAGACAUGUUGGGCCAUUGGACUUUGCCUCGUCCAUCACGAGUGCGGAUCCGGUGGUGGUCUAUGUGAGGCUCUCGAACUUUGUGGCGCGCCGGCGUGGAAGGUUACGCUUGCAUCUGGAAGAGGCGACUGCUUCGGAUGAUGAUUUAGACCUGGAGCCAUUUUCGCCAGUUCUUCAUCCUCAUGGAGUUCUUCAUCAUCCUCAUGGCAGCUUUGAUGCUCAAUUCGUGCCGGACUCCAGGCUGAGGCGAAGCCGCUCCGGGAGCGAUUCCAACUCCUCUGCCUACGGGAGUUCACCCAACCUGCAGGUGGCGCGACAAAUCUCUGGUGACUCGACCAGCUUUGAAGAGCGGAAAGCAGAAACACCCGAAGAGCCAGAAAGGUUGACGGUUCAUCCCUCUCCCAACCUCGAGCGAUGCAGCACCUGGAGUGAGACGAGGAGGAGCGAUCUUCCCGAGCCCGAAGAAGAGGAGGAGAUUGCCAGUAUCCAAAGGCACCUGGAGGCGAUGAAUGCUGCGGCUGCUGAUCUUAAUGCGGCUCAGGAGUCGUUGAACGCUUGCUUAAAGCGGCAGCGUUCGAUGAUUCACUUAUGGGCCGUGGUCAAUGCCAGACUGGCAAGAGCAGUUGGCGCGAAUCAUAUCGCCAAGGCAGCUCCACUCUACCUUUGUCAACGACGCUGCAAGGCAGCGCAGACAGCGGUGCAGGAAGCGGGCUGCUCCAUGUUGACCGCAUCAGAGGGAGACAUGGAUGACGUGAAUAAGCAGUAUGCUGCCCGGCUUCAAGAGUUUCAGGAUGCACGGAAGGAGUUUGCAAAGCUGUCUGCCAAAAAUGACGCGCCCUCUGAAGCAGCGCUGGCUGCGGUUGCUCCAUACUUUGAAGCAGAGGAGGAGCACCGUGGACAGUUGGCCGAGGAGCAAUCGCAGGAAGAGCUGCUGCGUCAGACAGUGACCCAGGCGAAAACGAGGUACCACGGUGCUUUACGGAGCCUGGAAACCUUGAGCAACCAGGCUCAUCUUCGCAGAGCCAGCAGUGGCGUCCUGGAACCGGUGAGCCGCACGGCUACUGAGGAACGCCAAGAGAGAAUGAUGAAGAGAAGUCCGACCUGCCAAACACCUGAAAGGCCGCCCAAAGUGCUGCGCGGUGACUCCAGGCGGCGUCGGACUGGCCAUGGGCCUUCAUUGCCGUUGCAGAAGGACCUGGGCGACGAGGAGCUGAUGGAGAGUGAACAUGAAUUGCCUGCGAGCUGACGCAGAAAAAGACGAC